UGAAGCACCAGUAGCAUUGAACUCGUCGAAUGAGUAGGGUGCGUGAACAGACAGAUUCCCAGCAUGAUACUAUCAUCGCGAGUUCGCACACGGACCACUCCGCUACGAAAAUACUUCAACAUGGCCGCCUUCAAGUUUCCGCAAGCCGAAAUCGUGCAGUUUAGCUGCCAGGCACGUCUCUGCAAACCAGAUGCUGCCGACUGCUCCCUGCAAUGCAGCAGACCAGAGAGGGCGCGCGAGUCAGACAGACGCCGCAAGAGGGAGCUAUACGAUGAUGUCGACGGAGCCGCGAAUCCGUCCAAUGAUACAAAUCGCAGCCAAGAGGGGGCGCCACCGGACGCGACACGCGUAUUCAACAUCAUCCGCGUUAGAGCUCCUGGCGAUGACGUCCCAGCCAAGGAUGACGACGGUCCGACGCAGCGUCCCGACGUGAAGACAUUCUGUCUGGCGCGGACGCUUGUCACGGUGCUCGCCAGCGUCAUCGUCGGCGUCCUCGUCAUCGCCAUCGUCGCCUGCGCCUGCCUCUACACGAAGCUGUCGUCGAUGCGAACCGAGCGAGAGAAGCUGGAGGAGCAGCGGGAGGGCGUGAGGAGAGAGAUGGCGAGUUACGUGAAUCAUGGCUUCAGGAUUCCACGGCCAGCGCUCGCUGAGGAGCAACGGGGAGGAGCGGAUGGCAGCAGCAUCCGUGAUGGCAGCGUGGCGAUAUACGCCGAGAUCAACUAACGGCAGGCUGCUGAUGCUGUUGCUGCUGCUGCUGCUGGUGGUGAUGGUGGUGAUGGUGGCGAUGGUGGUGGUGGUU